AUGUAUGUGAAAUGGUUUGAUACAGGAAUGUUAUACUAUGUGAUUUUAGUGUAUUUAGUGAAUGUCACUUUUUGUCAUUUUCAAAUUUCCCGCCGUUCCGUCCCCGUACGUCCUGACGUCGCAGGGAACGGAACCCAGAUGACAGAUGCCGGCAUCGGCCGGAUUACAUUGCCGGGGACACUGCAGGGGGGACAUCGCGGGAGCGCAGGACAAGGUAAGUGCAGAAGAGAUCCGCAUGGUAAGCUCGAGUGUAGCUCGGGGUUACCGCUUGUGCUACACUCGGGAAUACCGCCAGGGAGGCUA